AUGGUUAAGCUUGCGGAGCAGGCUGAGAGUAUCAAGAGCAUGGCGAAGCUGACUAAGACAGUUGAUUCUGAGGAGCUUACUGUGGAGCAGCGCAACCUUCUGUCAGUUGUCCACAAGAAUGUCAUUGGAGCCCAACGUGCCUCUUGGCGCAUCAUAUCGUCCGUUGAGCAGAAGGAAGAAGGCCAUGGCAAUGAGGACCGCGUCAUCAUAUAG